AUGUCCUUCCGUGCACCCCUCCUAGCACGCACAGUGCGCGCCGGUGCCCAGUGCCGCGCAGGCCCGCGCCCCGCCUCCACCCGCCCAUACUCGUCCCCCGCCGGGCCCUCAAGCUCGUCCUCUUCGUCGGCUUCCUCCUCGUCGGCUGCCGCUGCCGCCCGCAUUCGCGCGGCCCAGGAAGCCCAGAAGCGCAUGUACGCCCUGCGCAGCCAGCGCAACCGCAGCGUGAUGAUGUACACCAUUGGCGCGCUCGCCCUCGCCUCGGGCAUCACGUACGCCGCCGUGCCGGCCUACCGCGCGUUCUGCGCCGCGACAGGAUACGCCGGCACGCCCAUGACGGACCCGGCGCGCUUCGUGCCCGACCGCCUGUACGCGACCGACGACUCCAAGGGGCGCCCUAUCACUGUGCGGUUUGAGGCGACGUCGUCGGAUACCUUGCCCUGGAGCUUUGAGCCCGUCCAGCGUACGGUCACCGUCGUGCCCGGCCAGACGGCGCUGGCGUUCUACACGGCGACAAACCACUCGGACCAGGACUUGAUUGGCAUUGCCACGUACAACAUGACUCCGGAGAAGAUCGCACCGUACUUUGCCAAGGUCGAGUGCUUUUGCUUUGAAGAGCAAAAGAUCCGCGCGGGCGAAGAGGUCGACCUGCCUGUCUUCUUCUUCAUCGACCGGGACAUGCUCGACGACCCGGGCCUCGACAACAUUGACGACGUGGUGCUGAGCUACACGUUCUUCCGCGCGCGCAGGAACGACAUGGGCCACGCCGUGUUUGACGCGCCCGAGGACGUCGUGCAGAAGGCCAGCGGGUUUGACGGGUAUGAGCAUGCGCCGAAGAAUGCGUGA